GUCGGGGUCAUCUUUACUUUCCCUGUAUUCGUUACCAUGUACUUUUCAGGCAUGAUAGUCCCGAAAGCCAUGUCUAAAGUGACCUACAUAGCUGAGACAUACGAGUCGGUGUCUCUACUUUUCUUCCUGAGAUUACUCCUUACUUAUCUCGGAGGAAAGAAAGAAACACGAGAGAAACUAACAAACACCCAAGUAAAACUGAACAGUCCUCCAAUAUGUUGCCUGACAUUCCUGCCUAAAGUCACCUUCUCAAAACACUUCCUGCUCGUUAACGAGAUAUUCAUUGCUCAGCUGGUGGUGUUUCAGUUGGUGUUUGGUUACAUUGACCUUUUAAUAGGAUUGGAUGAGAGCCACAGUCACCCGACAGAUCUUAUAGAACACGAAUAUUCUCAAGUUUAUCACAUCCUCAUGAUAUUCUCCCUCCUUCUCGCAGUGUACGGACUAGGAGGGAUCUAUCACACAGCAGAGGAGCACCUCAAACACUACAAGAUAUACCGGAAGUUCAUCCUGUACAAAGCCUUUGUAACGGUGGUUAAACUAGAGGAAUUCCUGCUGAGUUACGUGAUCACAUACCUUGUCAAGAGAUAUGGCAUUAACCUGACUCACGGCGCGUUCAGACCUGAUCUACGGGUCCACAUGUGGUGUUACUUUAUCAUAGAGGUGGAGGCAGUCAUCACCUUCCCUUUCCUCAUCAGAGCCUACAGUACUGCGGACUAUCCAGGGAGAGGGUGAGAAGGGGGUUGUGUUGGAGAACUAUGGUGAGGAGAGUGAGGAGAGUGCAGUGUCUCGUGGGAAUGGAAAGAUUGAGUGGAAGAGCAAUGAGAGAGCCGUGGAUGUUAUUCUUCAGAACAGGAGAGGUAGUGGGAAGAGUGUGAAUUACAGCGCUGUUUUGGAAGGGAUUGAAGAGAAUGAGGAUGAGUGUAACGUGGAUACCACGGAUCAGAGUUCUGGGAAGACAGUGAAUAUAUUAUCCGCACCAGACAUUAGGAGAUAUCAUGGUAAAAAGGUAGAUGACAUCUUAUUAACUGGUACCAAUGCAGUAACUGGAGGUGGUGGUGAGACAAAUGCGAAGCUUACUAACUUUACUGAUAAGGAAACUGAAAAGAUAGAUGAAAACCGUAAUUCACAUCCAGACGAAUUAAUCGUUUUGGUAGAGGCAAAAGUGAUCUAAUAGACAAUGAAGUUAUCAGUG